AUGGGAAAUUACAGAUCAUGCGAGUCAAAAUCCACUCUCACAGCCACAGCAAAACUAAUCCUCGUCUCCGGCCAACUCCAUGAAUUUGCUUGGCCGGUUAGGGUUUCGCUUUUGCUGCCGCCGGAUCCCGACUGCUUCAUAUGCAGCUCCGACGAGAUGGAAUUCGGCCAGUUCCCGGCGGCGAUGGGCGGCGACGAGGUGCUGCAGCCAGGGGAGAUCUACUUCGAGCUUCCGCUGGCGUGGCGGAACGUGCGCCUGCAGGCGGAGGACAUGGCGGCGCUGGCCUUGAAAGCGAGCUUAGCUCUGGCGACUAAUGAUGAUGAUGACGAUCGGAUUGUUAGAUGCUGCUGCUGUUGCUGGUCUAAGCGGGCUCAACCGGCAGCGUUGUUUUGUGAGAAGGAGAUGCCGCUCCUCGGUGGCGAUGGGGGCGGCGCCGGCCAACGCAAGUUUGUUGCGAAGCUUAGUGCAAUAGUUGAAGAUUGA